CCAGCUCUGGCCGCUGCACUUAAGCAGCCCGGCGGCCGAGCGCGCGCGGGCCGGGGCCGGGGCCGCGGCGGGGGGCGCCGCACCCAGGGUCCUUCUGCAGCCCCCGUAGCGAGAAGCGAGGGCGAAGACGAGGCUGAGCGGGUCCGGAACCAUGAACCGGAGUUUCCACAAGUCUCAGACCCUGCGCUUCUACGACUGCAGCGCGGUGGAAGUCAAGAGCAAGUUUGGAGCUGAGUUCCGAAGGUUCUCCUUGGACCGUCAAAAGCCCGGGAAGUUUGAAGACUUCUACAAGCUGGUUGUGCACACGCACCACAUCUCCAACACCGAGGUGGCCAUCGGCUAUGCGGACGUGCACGGUGACCUGCUGCCCAUCAACAAUGAUGACAACUUCUGCAAGGCCGUGUCCAGCGCCAGCCCCCUGCUCAGGGUCUUCAUCCAGAGACGAGAAGAGGCCGAGCACUGCAGCUUCGGGGCAGGAUCUCUGUCCAGGCGGCGGCGCCCACUGGCCCUGCGGGAGGACGGCCCUCGCCGGCGCGCGCACCUGCACAUCGGCCUGCCACACGACUUCCGCCCCGUGUCCUCCAUCAUCGACGUGGACAUCCUCCCUGAGACGCACCGCCGCGUGAGGCUGUACCGGCACGGUUGCCAGAAGCCACUGGGCUUCUACAUCCGCGAUGGCACGAGCGUGCGCGUGGCCCCACAGGGGCUGGAGAAGGUGCCAGGCAUCUUCAUCUCCCGCAUGGUGCCCGGCGGCCUGGCUGAGAGCACCGGGCUGCUGGCCGUGGACGAUGAGGUCCUGGAGGUGAACGGGAUCGAGGUGGCUGGGAAGACGCUGGACCAGGUCACGGACAUGAUGAUCGCCAACAGUCACAACCUCAUCGUCACAGUCAAGCCGGCCAACCAGCGGAACAACGUGGUGCGCUGCGGCCGUGUGUCUGGCAGUUCCGGCCGCUCCUCGGACAGCACAGCCAGCCGCCACAGCCUGCCAGCAGCCCAUGUCCUGCAGAACUUGCCCACCGACGAGAUGGAGAGCGAUGAGGAGCCCGACGUGGUCCUCGAGGGCGUCCUGGAGCCCCGGCUGGUCCCCAGGCCAACGCCGGGCAGCCUCGCACGGGUCAACGGCGCUGGCCUGGCGCCCGGGCUGCACAGCCCUGGGCGGGAGGGCAGCGUCCACCGGCUGCUCAGCUCCCUCAGGUCCGACCCCCGCCACAGCCUGGCCCUGCCCCCGGGAGGGGUGGAGGAGCAUGGGCCGGCGGUCACCCUGUAGGGGCAGGCAUCAGACAGGUCAGUUUCCCAAGGGGAAAUGCUUUUAAAUUUUUAUUCCAAUUUUAAAAUUAGAAUUGUACACUUCACUUCUCCUUUUUGUUUGUAUUUAUCCCUCCCUUUUCUCCCACAACCCUACUCUUUAUUUCAACUUACGGAUAGGAAAAAUACUGUAUUUUUAUAGAAUUCCUCCACAGAAUAUAAAGAACACACACAUGCACAGUCGUACUGGGCAGGGGCAGGCCGCACCUUUGUAAAGUGGUAGAAAGCCUCUGACUCUUUAAAUUUAAAAAAUACACUUUUUAAAUGAAGCUUUAAAAUUGCUUUUUUUAACAGUCAAAUUCACGAUGUCACUGUGCUUCCUGCCAACUUGCACAGAUUCUGCUGAUGGUUUAGGGCAGGAAGGAGAACCUGGCUUUUAAGAGCAAAUGCACGCAAGCCUGUAAUAGGUAUGACUGUUGAAGGUGAAUCCAGAUUCUCACGGCAUUUCAGUCCUGUUUCAAAUAGCCAAGUGGGUGUGGAACUCCCCAGCCUCAUGCAGUGGCCUUGCCCCUGCGGACAGCUUUGUGAGGCCACCAGCGGUGCCCUGUCCAGCCUCUGAGGGUGAAUUUAAAGAGGGGAGGCAGCCAGCUCUGCUGGAGGGGAAGGUGACACUCACCAGGACCAUCUGUGAUCAAAGGCCAGUAUUUACUCUGGGACACAGACUUUCUUUGCCUGUGCAUCGUGACUCCAGGGGCAGUUUUGAAAUGGCCCCACCAGAAAUGAUGGCCAAGCCUAGCACUGGUCCGACACGGGCUUUUGAAGGCUCACAGCCACUGGGAUAUGUAAGUCCUGUUAUCUUUGUUUUUAAAUAAUAAGUCACGUGGAAUGUAAAGAUUUUUGACACAGAUUAAAUUCAUCGUCACUUCCCUUUGAUUCUAGCUAUAUUUACAAACGUAGUCAUUUUAAAGGUUCAUUCAUGUUGAUCCAAUCAGGUUUUAUAUGACGUGUAUUUUCUGUUUGAAUCCAAUGUCAAGGAGACACUGUUAAACUUACACUAUGAGAACUAAACUUUAACCCAAAACAGCGUUCACAUAAAUGCAGAUAGAAGUAUUUCUGUAGGCUGCCCUCUGGGAGACUGUGCAGCCGCUUCUCCUGUGGUCUUGCACCCCCUGCUGGUCAGUGGCAGAACUGUCCUGACUUCAUGGCUGUCAGGCUGGUAACACAAUGAAAGCAGUCAUCUCAGCGUUUUCAUGUUCCUGAUAGGUGGGAAGCAAGUGAUUUCUCUUUUUGAAACUAUUUAUUGGGCAGGAAUAGCUUUUACUGAGUAGUUGUGGUCUCCUGCGCCUUUGUUUCUCUCAUUUGUAUGCCAGGAUCACUGUUACAGUCCCAAGAACAGGGAAGACCAAAGAUGCUCCCCCUUUGAGGUCUAGGACCCCCAAAACCACGGGCUCCAAUGAACUGUACAAACAUUUUUCGGCACCUCAGGAGUCCGCAGUGCUUUUUUACUAUCACAAGUAUUAUAGAAACAAAACUCUAAUGCUAAGUUACUAUCACAAAGGAAAUGUUCUUUUACUAAGUUAUUGCUGGUUAUUGAAUUAUCUUGUCAAAUAAACCACUGUGUUACUGAGGAAAGUUAUAUUUCUUACCAUGUUUUAAGUUGUUAUACAAAUGUGAAUAAUUUUUAAAGGAAAAAAAGUCUUAUGCUGAGAUUUGUGUGCUAUUCAUAAUGUUAGGAGUUAUGAAUUGUUUCAAACAGCUGCUUUAGUGUAUUUUUCUACCCAGGUCUAUAUUUCUGCCAUUUUCUUCUUAUUAAAAAACAAAAAAACCAACAAAAAACCAUGUUGUAUACACAUUAAAGUUUUCUUGUUUUUAUAUAUCAAAGAAUAAAACCUUUUUCUUUGCUUUUAA